AUGGAGGCGCAGAGUAGCAACCAGACCUUCAAGCUCGACAACCUUUUCAAUGUCAAGGGAAAGGUCGCCCUAAUCACUGGCGGAGGCUCCGGCAUCGGUCUGAUGGCCACUCAAGCCCUCGCUGUCAACGGUGCCAAAGUCUACAUCACCGGACGCACAGGGGAGAAGCUGGACCGCGUCGUCGAGCUGUACGGAAAGAACAUCCCCGGCGAAAUCAUCCCCAUCACAGCGGACAUCACAGACAAGAAGUCAAUUGAGAAGCUCGUGCAAGAGAUCUCCUCGCGCGAGAGUCACCUCUCCAUCCUGAUCAACAACGCCGGAAUCUCAAGCCACUCGCAGACAGUGGAGCACGAAGAGCCCAGCGAGCUGCGGAAGAGCCUGUUCGACGACCCGGCCUCCAAGCCAGAGGAAUGGGAGAGCGUGUUCCGGACGAACGUGACGCAGCUGUUCUUCACCACCACGGCGUUCCUGCCGCUGCUGGCCAAGGGGUCGGAGAAGGAGCACGGCUGGUCCAGCACGGUGAUCAACAUCUCGUCGAUCUCCGGGAUCGUCAAAGUCUCGCAGCAUCAUUUUGCGUAUAAUGCGUCCAAGGCGGCGGCGAUCCAUCUGACCAAGAUGCUGGCGCAUGAGAUUAGCACCUCCAAGCUGAAGAUCCGGGUGAAUAAUAUCGCCCCGGGUGUGUUCCCCAGCGAGAUGACUGCGGGGGAGAGCGAUGAGAAGCAGAAGAGCUUUAUUCCCAAGGAGAAGUACGAGCAGAAAGUGCCGGCGGGCCGGCCGGGCAAGGACGAGGAUAUGGCGAGUGCGGUGCUCUUCACGGCCACGAACCAGUAUCUCAAUGGGCAGACGAUCGUGGUGGACGGGGGGUACGUGUUGGCUGCAGGCACUGUCUAA